AGCCCUGGACGCCGCCGCCAUGGCGGAAAAUUGGAAGAACUGUUUCGAGGAGGAGCUCAUCUGCCCCAUCUGCCUGCACGUCUUCGUGGAGCCCGUGCAGCUGCCGUGCAAACACAACUUUUGUCGGGGUUGCAUCGGCGAGGCUUGGGCCAAGGACAGCGGCCUGGUGCGUUGCCCCGAAUGCAACCAGGCCUAUAAUCAGAAGCCGGGCCUGGAGAAGAACCUGAAGCUCACCAACAUCGUGGAGAAGUUCAACGCCCUGCACGUGGAGAAGCCGCCCGCGGCGCUGCACUGCGUGUUCUGCCGCCGCGGCCCCCCGCUGCCCGCGCAGAAGGUCUGCCUGCGCUGCGAGGCUCCCUGCUGCCAGUCCCACGUGCAGACGCACCUGCAGCAGCCCUCCACCGCCCGCGGGCACCUCCUGGUGGAGGCGGACGACGUGCGGGCCUGGAGCUGCCCGCAGCACAACGCCUACCGCCUGUACCACUGCGAGGCCGAGCAGGUGGCUGUGUGCCAGUACUGCUGCUACUACAGCGGCGCGCAUCAGGGACACUCGGUGUGCGACGUGGAGAUCCGGAGGAAUGAGAUCCGGAAGAUGCUGAUGAAACAACAGGACCGGCUGGAGGAGCGGGAGCAGGACAUCGAGGACCAACUGUACAAGCUCGAGUCAGACAAGCGCCUGGUGGAGGAGAAAGUGAGCCAGCUGAAGGAGGAAGUGCGGCUGCAGUAUGAGAAGCUGCACCAGCUGCUGGAUGAGGACCUGCGGCAGACAGUGGAGGUCCUGGACAAGGCCCAGGCCAAGUUCUGCAGCGAGAACGCGGCGCAGGCGCUGCACCUUGGGGAGCGCAUGCAGGAGGCCAAGAAGCUGCUGGGCUCCCUGCAGCUGCUCUUCGAUAAGACGGAGGAUGUCAGCUUCAUGAAGAAUACCAAGUCUGUGAAAAUCCUAAUGGACAGGACCCAGACCUGCACUGGCAGCAGCCUUUCUCCUCCUAAGAUUGGCCACUUGAACUCCAAGCUCUUCCUGAACGAGGUAGCCAAGAAGGAGAAGCAGCUACGGAAGAUGCUGGAAGGCCCCUUCAGUACACCGGUGCCCUUCCUGCAGAGUGUUCCCCUGUACCCCUGCGGCGUGAGCAGCUCUGGGGCAGAAAAACGCAAGCACUCAGCAGCCUUCCCGGAGGCCGGCUUCCUCGAGACAUCGUCGGGCCCUGUGGGCAGCCAGUAUGGGGCAGCGGGCACAGCAAGCGGCGAGGGCCAGUCUGGUCAGCCCCUGGGGCCGUGCAGCUCCACACAGCACUUGGUGGCCCUUCCUGGUGGUGCCCAACCAGUGCACUCAAGUCCUGUGUUCCCUCCAUCACAGUACCCCAAUGGCUCUGCCACCCAGCAGCCCAUGCUACCCCAGUAUGGCGGCCGCAAGAUUCUCGUCUGUUCUGUGGACAACUGUUACUGUUCUUCCGUGGCCAACCAUGGAGGCCACCAGCCCUACCCCCGCUCUGGCCACUUCCCCUGGACAGUGCCCUCGCAGGAGUACUCCCACCCACUCCCACCCACACCCUCCGUCCCCCAGUCCCUUCCUGGCCUGGCGGUCAGAGACUGGCUCGACGCUUCCCAGCAGCCUGGCCACCAGGAUUUCUACAGGGUGUAUGGGCAGCCGUCCACCAAACACUACGUGACGAGCUAACGCCAAGCAGGCAGUGGACGCUGGGGACCCUUCCCCCCAGCCCCGGUGGCUCGGGAAAUAUGCAUCCAGAGACCUGCCCUUCUACCUUCCUCUCCUCUCUCCCAUCCUCCAUUCCUCCAGGUCUUUUCCUUUUGGCCUUUUGUUUUGUUUGGGGCUUUUUUCUUUCUUUCUUUCUUUCUUUUAUGCAUCUCCUGGACUUGGAGGUGACAGUGGGAGCUAGCCUGGGCAGGGUCUGCAGGUGGCCCUGGAGGUGGGACAGUGUCUGUCUCAAGGCACUGAGCUCUCUCUUUUCCUCUUUCACUCCCUCUUCACACCCCAAUGGCUGGAAGGAGCCUCAGUUUCCCUUGAGGCCUUGGGGCUCCAACCCUUGUCACACCCUGGGAGGAAGACCCAGAGCUUGCUGGUCUGCUCCUCCUCCUCCCCAGUUCCCCCCUGGGCAGUUGAUCACUGAUGAGUAAGGAAUGACCUAUAGAUUGUGGAACUUUUUGUUUUUUAAUUUUUUAAAACCAAGAAUGAUUUCUCCUGCUUCCUUCUCACCAUCUUCCCAGACGGAGUUCAAGGCCACUUCUCAAGCAGCUUUUGGCACCUUCAGCCUCAGAGUGGAAUCUUUCAAAGACAGGAGCCCCAUGUUCAGGAACGGGGGGGAAAAGGAACUUUGCCAAUGAUAGUGAACACAGCAAAAGCAAAUAAUAAUAAUAAUAAUAAAGAGAAAUAAACAAAAUAAUAAAAAAAAAAACAAUAGCACAGCCCUUGUUGAGGUCAGUGGAGGAGGAGCUGCCCAGAGUUGGUUCCCUGCCUGGAUUUUUGACACAGCAACUUCCUGUCGUGAGCACUUUGUAUGAAUCGUGGACUUCCUGUUCUCAAGGCACAGGUAUUUAUUCUGUAAUCUGUCUAGAGCACACACGGAAAUCCAACCUUCUAAUAAACAUGAUGGCGCAGUC